AUGUGGAUGAUUGCGAAGGCGCGGGACAUUUUCUUGUCUGGAUGUGAACUUACCAGCCCUUCUCAUGCUCCAGACCCUCUCCACCCACAGUCGCCAUGGAUGCCCGCGCAAGUCCCGGGAACUGUCCUGGCGAACCUUGUGGGAGGAGGAGUGUACGCGGAUCCUUACAUCGGGUUCAACAGCAUGAAGAUUCCGGACAUCGGAGAAGUUGGUCCUCAAGAGUACACAUACUGGUAUUUCUGCUCCUUCGAGCUACAUGAGGAAAUGCCGCUUCCAUACUGGUGGCUCCAACUAGACGGCAUCAACUAUUCCUUUGAGCUGUUCUUGAAUGGCAAGAAAGUAGGUGUUGCUGAUGAUCGCGGCAUGUUUCUUCGCCGAUGCAUCGACGUGUCGGAUCUUCUUGAAGCAGACGGCUCCAACUUCAUGGCGCUGCUAGUGCGCCCUCCUGACCACUAUGGGACUAUCCCGCCGACCGGGGGGCAAGGGGGGGACCAUGAGCUGGCGAAGGAUGUCGCAUCGCAGUUCUUCCAGGGAUGGGAUUGGGUGAUUCCGGUGGCAGAUAGAGGAACGGGCGUGUGGAGCGACAUCUUGUUGAAGAACACAGGACGUCUCGUGCUGCAAGACGCGUAUGCUCAGAGCUGGCUAGAGCCUGGGGACCUCGGAGAUUUGAAAGCCGGGAAACCAGUUACUGGUCAGAGCAAGUUUGGGGUUAACAUCACGAAUGCUUCAGAUGAAGAGAUAACAGCAGUUCUGACGCUGCAAGUGCAGCACACGGACACAGCCUUCGCUGACAGUGAUGAAGAGUUUGUAGUGAUAGACCUGUUGCUGAAAGACACCAUCACCAUCGCCCCUCGUCAAGUUGUGGAUUUCCUCUUUCCUCCUCAAAGCAUUUCCAACGCCAGGUUAUGGUGGCCCAACGGCAUGGGAGAGCAGCCGCUGUACGAUCUUGUGAUGACGGUUGUGACGGAGGAGGGAGACUUCAGCGAUGGUUGUCAAUCGAGAUUCGGGAUCCGCAACCUUGAAAGCUUCGUCGAUAAGGCAACAGGAGGAAGAAAGUUCCGGGUCAAUGGCAGCGAUGUGUUUGUGCGGGGAGGGAACUACAUCUGCAGUGAUGCCCUCCUGCGACAGCCGAGGGAGCGCGUGAGGAGCGACGUACAGCUGCAUGCGCAUGCGAACCUGAACAUGAUGCGGUGUUGGGGAGGAGCAGGAUGCCAGCGGAAGCCUUUCUAUGACGCCUGUGACGAGUUUGGGAUUAUGGUGUGGGUCGAGUUCUGGAUUACAGGAGAUGAUGAUGGGAGAGGAGGAGGAAGCGCAGAUUUCCCGUUAGAUCACGAACUCUUCAUGCGCUGUGCAGAAGACCUCGUCCGCAGCGCGCGAGGGAACGUGAGCACGAGCAUCUACGUUGGGGGCAACGAGCAGACUCCAUGCAAGGAGCUGGACGGGCGUCUGAGAAGUUUGAUCGCAGAGCUUGACGGGGGAAGGGAUUAUGUGUGCGGAUCACUGUGGGAAGGGUUCGGAGACGGGAAGGGUAACUUCUCCGACGGUCCCUACACCAUCCAAGAUCCGCGAUCCUUCUACGCCAAGAAGUUUUACCCCUAUGGUUUUAACCCAGAGGUAGGCAGCGUCGGAUUGCCUCUGGUUACAACUCUCCUUGCGAUACUGGGGGAGGAAGAGGCUGUUCCCUCCUACAUCAAGAUGCCCAACGGGCUGCUCAUGGAGGAAAUCUCGUCGGGACUAGAGCAUCACACGUACAUCCCAUACGGCAACCCCGAGCUGGGGGUCGCCAACCAGGUUGCGCUCUAUGGCAUCCCGCAAACUCUCGAGGAACUUUGCGAACAAGCUCAGCUGGCGAACUUCGUCCAGUACCGCGCGCUCGUCGAAGGGUUCUCAAUGCACAUGUGGACUGACCACACCGGUUUCCUGAUAUGGAAGACUCAAAACCCUUGGAUGGGUCUACGAGGACAGCUCUACGACUGGUCCUUCUCCCCCCUCGCUUCACUUUUUGCCGUCCGACUUGCCUGUCAGCCCCUCCAUGUCUUCCUC